AUGACUGACUUUGGCACCAUUGGGUGGGCUUCAAUCAUGGUCGUAGCCCUCAUUUCCCUGAUCGUUAUCGUUAAACGGUUUUGGUUAAGAAGUGCUCAAUCUCAGCUUAGUAAUGACGAUGACCCCGAUACGUUCCACUUAUUGGCGAUGGAAGCGAUCAACGCCAUCGACGCCGACUUUGAUUUGGUGGUGGGAGAUAUUACCACUGUUGACUCCGAACUGAAGCCACAAACUCCUUCACAAUCCAACUAA